UCAUUUGCUUUCCUUUCCUUUUUUGUUUGUUUCUCUCUCCCUCUGUGGGAUAAGCGCGCUCUUGGAAAGCUGCGAGGCAUGUAGGUCUGUGUUCGUGUCGUCUUAUCAAAACAAUAGUUUGUCACGUGAAAAUAAGCCGUUCGCUCGGAAACGAAGCCAGCACAGAGGAUAACUGACUGUGGUUGUUCCAUUGUUCUGACGCCACGCGUUGUCAUCACUGACCUGCCAGGUGAGCCGGUAUACAAACGGCGCUUCUAGGUGUGUCGCUGAGGAAUUUCCAUGGGAAAGUUGUCGGUUAACUUCUGCGAAAAGACAUUCAAGACGGAAGAAGAGCCGGGAGACCUGUCAUAGAGGUAGAAGAAACGCACAGUGCUAGUUCAUAAACCUUAACGUGUUUUUAACUGAUUCCAACUGCCAAAUUCCAAUUGUGCUCUUGCCCCCUUUGUGCUUUGCUUGCAGCCAUGUCCAUUGAAUACACAAUUGACAUCCAGUUAACUGAGCUGGGAUUCCCAGACAUCCUGCAGUUAGGGCAGAGCCCGACCAGAGAGACAACCAGUCAUGUCGCCACUUCACUUCCAAACACACACAAACGGACACGGCUGUCACGUGACGACGACGACGCCGCGGGUCCAGCAAGCCUGAGCUCGAAAAGCGCGACCCUUGAAACGAGUGAACAAUAUGGGGACUCCGCCAAAGUCAGUGUACAUGUGGGACAGUCAGAGUCCACGGAGGACGAUUCGGACGACAGUGAAAUUUCAGGUGUGUACGAGGAAGAAGAAGAGUUUGACGAGGAAGGGGACUGCGAAGAGGAGGCAACAGUAAACAAUGAUGGGAGCCAGUCAGGCAACUACACCUGCAGUGUCUGCAGUCUCCAGCUUUCCUCCAAAUUCAAGCUCCAGGACCACAUGAACUUGCACACUGGAGCACGGCCGUAUCGCUGCGCUGAAUGUGGGAAGUGCUUCUGCCAAAAUUACAACUAUCGAAUUCACCUGCGCACACAUGCCCAAACCAGAGUGCACCGCAUUUUGUGCCGUGUCUGUCAGAUGAGCUUUGCAUCAAAGGAGGAUCUGGAGGAGCACCUAUUAAAAUCUCACCCCGAAAAAGAGUUUUACGAAUGUGACCUGUGCAAACGUGUGUUUACAUCUCUGAUGAAAUGUCAGUCUCAUGUCCUGUUACACAAAUGUAUGCCGGGUAUUGUUUGUGAAGUAUGUGGCCGCAGUUUCUCCAACCCCAAAGCCCUUGCACGCCACCAUAGGAGGACAUGCCGCCGCAGUUUUAAGUGCACAGACUGCACAGAGACCUUUAACAAGAAGAAUGCUCUCUUGAAACACAGCUUUUCCCAUCUUGGUUUGCUACCUUACACUUGUGUACGAUGCCGCUGUCACUUCCGUCUGGCAAAGCUGUACCGCCAGCACAAGUGUCAACCCCAGCUCAUUCACUGCGUGGCAUGUCUGAGGGAGUUUCUUAAUGAAACUGACUUCCAGCAGCACAAAAAGGACACAGGCUGCUGGGGCAAUCAGGAGCCUAAAGGGGACGAGAUCAGAUGCUUGGAAUGUGGAGAGUUGUUUUCAACUUCAGAAGAGUUGAAGAAACAUGCUGGGGCUCACCAGAGGAUUCUGAAAUGUGCUGAAUGUGGGAAAGGGUUCCGCUCAGCCUUGCUGUUAAUGUCCCACAUGGGAGGUCAUGCCGGCAACGCGCCCUGCCUUUGUCAGAGCUGUGGACUGGGCUUUCUUCACCAGCAGAACUAUGAUAGCCACCUCAAGACCUGUGGACAAAAACCCCAACCUGUGAGUGCUUCCAAAAAACACCAGGCGUCAAAGAGCUCAUCAUCCAAGACAAAGACACUUGAAGCAAAACCAGACAUUUCAGCUCAAACUAACUCGAUCACUAAGCCUGCUGUUUCCAAAAAAACUGAGAGCCCAGUUGUAGAACCUGUUAGUCCUGGAACUGCCCAGGGAGAUGUGUCAACUGAAUCUUCUCCAUCGGAUGGAUUGUGGAAGCUGUCUCUUGACAAACAGCCACCACCUGGUGUUAAACUUGUCCUUUUUCUUCCUGUAUGUUCUCAAACCAAUGGCCUGCCCCUCUCACCUGCCAUUCCUGGACACCAUGGACUGACUUCCACUCUUGAAGGGCAGUUUAACACCCCUCCAGACGUAGUGACUGAAAUUAAGCAUGCAGAAUGUGAAGCACCUCUGGAUUUGUCUAAGAAGGCUGCUUUGAGUGACAUUCCACUCGGCCACAUAAAAAAUGAGCCAGACGAAUUUGAAAUCUCUGGAGAAGCUGAUGGUACUAAAAGGCAAGGAUGUAAAAGUAGUGAUAGUAAAGUGAUGGCUAAAACUAAUCUGGGAGAGGCAGAUACUGAAAUUAUGACUGAUCGCUCCCACCUUAGUUCAUCCUCUGAACUAAAAUUGAAUAUAAAAAAAGAGCCUCAUGGCACUGAUAUUGAUUUGUUGUCAUUCAAAUCUUGCCAACUACCAGAUGGGAGGACAGACAAAGAAAUUAAGGUGGAAGUUGGCGUUUCUACUCGAUCUGAUGAUGAUAAGGAGAAGUGAAAUACCGUGAGAACGAAUAACUUGUUCUGCAUUCAUAUUCCUGUCAAAGGACACACCUGGUACGUUUUCUUUGUUUGAAUAAAUAUAAACAAUCUCCAAACCCUUGGGCUGUUUUGCGUUAGAGUUGACUUUCUUUCCAGUCCAACUAGCAAUCUGAGACACAAGAAUGGUGUUGUUAAGACAACAUUCACAACGACAGAUUUGUUUGGUGAAUUUCUCCAUCACCUCUCUGUAAGCAAGAUUUUCCACCUGUAUUUAUUGACUCCACCAACAUCUUAAUCAGAUGACUGUCACUUUUUUUUUUUUUAAACAAUAUUGCUCUUUUCUUUUUCUUUUACAAAAUCAAAACAUUCCAAGCCUAGUUUAUUGAACUUGCAUUCUGGUAUUUCUGGGCAAUAAAACUUGGGUUAUUGAAGUGUAUCAAGUUUAAUGAAAACAUGUGCAUUCCUUCUAUUCAGCUAAAAACUUGAAAUAGGUUUAUUUUUUGUGUAUGCACUUGAAAUUUGGUUCUAUGGAACAUAUUCUAUUGAUGUAAAUGGUACUCAGUAGUGUCACUAAAUGACAUCUUGUGAUUUUGUAAGUUCAGGUAAUACACAGUAAAUUCUGA